CUGGGACAUUAAUAAUUGAUGCACACUUACUUCGCCAAGCCAUACUGUUGUAUGUUUAAUGGCAGUGUUGCGGAUGUGAACCGACACUUUAAUAGUCAUUUUGCAUAACACGAUAAUCAAGAAAAGAAAAGAAAAGAAAGAAGAAAAAGAGUUGGUUGUGGUUUCUCUCGCGAGAUCUGACAACAGUGCCCGUGAACUAAACAAGACGAGGGAAAAACAAGAUGGCGUGUGACGGAGACGAUCGUGGUCUUAUUAUAUAAUUAUUGUAAUACUGGAUUCUUAUCCAGAUUUGUAAUAUGUCGUGUAAUACAUUACAAAUCUAAAUAGUAAAUAUUAAUGGUUUGUAUUCAGAUACAUUAGUCUGAGCGCACUUUAUCGAAUUUCGUGCUAGCUUAGCGUGCUAGUUAGCUUAGCUUCUUAGCUGCUAACAAAGCGAAGCAGAAGUUAUCAACACAUCGCGUAACAGAGAUGAAGUGUGAGUGUUAAGUGUAGUGAUUGUGUGAAAAUGUGCGAAAGAACGAAAGCAGAGUACGAGGAGGAACUUUGUCCAACAAAAGAGGAGAAGGAGCGACAAUGUCAACUACUGGACGCUGUUUUCAAGAAACAUCAAGUUGUGUUACACAGAACAGACAUCCAGCAGCCCCCCCACAUUAAAGAGGAAUAUUUACAUCCCCCAUGUGUAAAAGAGGAGGAGGCAGAGCCAUCCCACAUUAAAGAGGAAGAGGAGGAAGUGUGGAUCAGUCAGGAGAGAGGGUACCUUCUAGGGCAGGAGGAGGCUGAUAUCACCAAGUUUUCAUUGACUGUUGUCUCUGUGAAGACUGAAGACCAUGAAGACAAACCACCUGAGUCCUCACAGCUUCAUCACAGUCCAAACGUCCACCAGCUAAUUGGACUUCAAGAAGAUAGUUUGCCUCAACUGCAGUUGGGGAGCUUCACUUUGGAGCAGACAGCUCCACAGCACUUCGAGGAGCCACAAUCGCCUCAAAUUAAAAAGGAAGAGAAGAAGUCACAGCUCCAUCAUGAUAAAGAGGUUGAGGAGUCGCAGCCUGUACGUGUUAAAGAGGAGGAGGAGGAGGAGCCACAUACCCCUAACUUUAAAGACAAAAACGAAGAACCACAUCUCCCUCAUUAUAAAGAGGAGGAAGUGCGGCUUAGUUGGGAGGAAGAGUGUAUUCUAGGGCAGGAGGAGGCUGAUCUCACCAAGUUUCCACUGACUGUUGUCUCUGUGAAGACUGAAGACUAUGAAGACAAACCACCUGAGUCCUCACAGCUUCAUCACAGUUCAAGUGAUGAGAAGAGAGGGAUGGAACCUUCAAGCAGCAGCUCAAGACAACACAUGACAACAGAAGUUGAUGGAGACCACUGUGGAGGAUUUCAAGCAGACAAGCUCUUAGCUCCACUAUCAGAUAGUGACGACAUAACAUCAGACGUUGAUGUAAACAUGGAAUUACACGUGAGAACAUACACAGGAGAAAAACCUUUCAGUUGCUCAUUUUGCGGUAAAAGAUUUUCCUCCAAAAGUAAAAUGCAAAUACACAUAAGAACACACACAGGAGAAAAACCCUUUGGUUGUUCAGUUUGUGCAAAAAGGUUUGUUGUAAAUUCUAAUUUGACUCGACAUAUGAGAACACACAGAGGAGAAAAAUCUUUCAGUUGUUCAGUUUGCAAUAAAAUAUUUUCAGUAAAAUUUAAUAUGCAAAAACACAUGAGAACACACACAGGCAAAAAACCUUUCAGUUGUUCAGUUCGUGGUAAAAGAGUUAAAGACACACAAAAUGUGCAAACCCACUAUAGUUGUUCAGUUUGGGCAAAAGGCUUUAUCAGAAACAAUGACUCGACUACGAAUAUGGAAACGAGCAAAAUGGAAAAACCUUUUAAGUGUUCAGUUUGCGGUAGAAGAUUUACUCACAAAUAUAGUAUGCACAUGCACAUGAGAAAACACACAGGAGAAAAACCUUUCAGUUGUUCAGUUUGCGGUAGAAGUUUUUCUCACAAAUAUUGUUUGCAAAUACACAUGAGAAAACAUACCGGAGAAAAACCUUUCAGUUGUUCAGUUUGUGGGAGGAGAGUUUCUUACAAGUAUAGUAUGGAAAUACACAUGAGAACGCACACGGGAGAAAAAACAUUCAGUUGUUCAGUUUGUGAUAAAAAAUUCUCUACCAAAAGUAACAUGCAAGCGCACAUGAGAGGACACACCGGAGAAAAACCUUUCAGUUGUUCAGUGUGCGCGAAAAGAUUCGCUGUCAAUAGUAGCAUGCAAAGACACAUGAGAAUACACACCGGAGAAAAACCUUUUAGUUGUUCAGUGUGCAAUAAAAGAUUUUCUGACCGUAGUAACAUGCAAGCACACAUGGGAACACACAAAAGAAAAUAACUUUUCUUAUUUGGAAGUCCUCUUUGAAUGGACCCAAUAGUGGCUACAGGUCUAUUGGAGUGCUUCUCUAAAGUCUGGAUAUAGGUUUGGAUUAGCCUGUCAGGACCCAGCCAGCCCAGUUUAUGCAAUGAAUUACAUAACACUUUCAAGUUACUAUGAAGUACUCAUUAAAAAUAAAUCAGUAAUAUAUUUUUACAUUGUAUAAACAUUGUUUUUAAUGAUGAUUCUCAGCGAUUUAAAAAUUGUUCAAAGUAAAAUAUUUCUAACCAAAUAAUAUAUGUUACCAUUAGUGAUUUAACCUAAUAUACAUAUUUUUCAAACGUAUAUAUUUUUUUACAAUGAUCUUAUAAUGAUAAAUAAUAAAACACAUACUCAAAAGCAAUCCAAGAGAAGCAACUUGAUAAUUGUAGUCAUGUUGUAUAAACGAUAAUAGCUCAUGUUAGCUAUACAACAUGCUAUGAUUAGCUAACAAAACACAUAUGGUGGGUCUCCUUUGUACUGGGGAAUUGGAAUUUCCGAGCUCCUCGUCGGAAUUUUAACUGGAACCCCCCUGGAGGUCUGAUUUUUAACUUGGAAAGUCGGCGCAUUCUCACCACCCCCGAGUUUGUUUUAAAGUUGGCUGCUUAGAUUCUAUAGUAUCCUAUAUUAGCACUUCUGAUGAGUUUUUGUUGCAGUAAACCAUACAUAUUUGAUUUAUUUAUCUCCUAACGUCACUGCAGUGUAAACUACAUUUAUUUCACGUGAUUUCUACGCGGUCAGUCGCUAGCAAUAGCUUCCGUUUCCUCCUCAUCCACCGUGCUUGAAAGUUGUAGUAAGUGUCCAUAAUUUUCCAUAAAUUGUUUGUAUUCAGACAAAGGGAGUGCAAAAAUACCUUUCGUGGCCAUCUUAAUUGUCAACUCGGCUGGGAUGUCGUUCCCAGCUCCAACUUUCGAGGUAACUGGAAUGAAGCAAAAGCUUUUUUUCUUGCCCUGAUGUGGGAUCUGGGAUCGGAUGUCGUUGUGACUUGCGCAGCCCUUUGAGACACUUGUGAUUAACGAGUAUAUAAGUCAACUUUGAUUGAUCAAUGAUUGCAGCUUUGUCCCCUGGAGCCUACUAGAAGCUAUUGCUUAUUUAUUCAUCAUCAUUUUAUGUUGUGAUGCUAAAUUAUUUUUAUGACUGGUCUCUUUUGAACAUUUUAUCUUAUAUGAAAAUCAACAAAUUUCAUGUUGAAAAAUUGUUUUUGUAUUAAUCAAAUAAGUGUUUCUAUUGUUUUGUAAUGUGUUUAUAACUUCAGCAUUUUAUAUUGACCUGAUGUUUAAUUUUAGUAAGUGGCUAAGACUACAUCUGUUUAAAGUGUAUUAAAAACAAAAAAUUAUUUAAUGAAACAA